CGCCACGUCGGCAGUACAGCAGCUGAACAGAGAGCUGCUGCUGCUGCGUAGCUCAGCCUGAAGUUACAGAGCUGACUCAUGAAAUACUGACAGAAAGAUCAUUCAGAAAACCUGCCGAGGAGAAGAAGAAGAAGAGAAGAAGAGGAGAAGAAGAAGAGAAGUGAGCAGGUUUUCUCCUCCAGAGAGAGAUAAAUCUUUAUUUCCAGCAGAGUUUCCAGUCGGAGGUGAUCACCAGCUGCUGUGUGUCCAGGUGUGUUAGUGGGAGAACACUGGGAACACUGGGAACAAUGGUGAAGAAUGUGAACAGCGUGAACGUGGAGCCCCAGCCAGGGACCAGCGUGGCCCCGGAGGAGGCCGAGCCCGUCGACAUGCAGCCCUCGGAGGAUCCCGGUAAGGACCACACGGCGCCGGCUCCCGGCAUGAUUUGGCGAGUGGGCGGCGGCCUCUUCAACGUCACCAAGGGCGUGGUGGGCGCGGCGGUGGGCGGGGUGGCCUGGGUGGGCGGCAAGAGCCUGGAGAUCACCAAGACGGCGGUGACCACGGUGCCGUCCAUGGGCGUGGGGCUGGUGAAGGGCGGCGUGUCGGCCGUGGCCGGCGGCGUCUCCUCCGUCGGCUCCACCGUCGCCAACAAAGUCCCGUUCACGGCCAAGAGGAAAGACAAGGCCGAGUGAAGAGGACGAAGAGGAUUGAUGAUGAUGAUGAUGAUGAUGAUGGACUUUGCCCCGCCCUGAGCCAGCAGAGAGCGCCGAUCUCUGCCCGCCAAUCAAAACUCCACCGUGCCUUCUGAUGCUCGCCGUCGCCACGCAGACAUCCAGACGCUGAAACAUCCAGACGCUCGACGAAGCAGAUUCACCAGAAAACAAACGAUGAAAACAUUUCCGCUCCUCUUCCUCCUCGUCCGUCUGCAGGUGAAUCUCUGGACGCGGAUCCUCUUCAGCUCGUGGUCGACUUCAUGAAUAUUUUUAUUAUUCUGUUUACAAUCCGAGAGGCUGCCAUCCUCUUUUUCCAAACUACACAUAUUUAGUGAAGUGUUUCUGAAUUAAAAUGCUGAUUUUUAGUGUUUUUUUUUUUCUUUUUUGCAAAGGUAUUGAAGUUAAAAUGUGUGUGAGAAGAAUAGUGUGUUGAGAGAAAAGGGAUGUGAUCUGUCUGAGCUGGUUUUCCUCCUGGAGGAGCCCGAGGCCCAGCUUCAUGUAGGAACACUUCUCUGAAACACAAUCUGAGCGCUCCGGCUCCGGGCUCACCUCUGUCUUUUCACAGCUGCGUUAUUAUUAUUAUCCACAUGUUUUCUUUUCAGUGUGAAAUGUUAAAAUGCUGCGUUGGACCUUGAAAAGUUGGGGGGAAAGGAAAAAAAAAAAAAAGAUUUAAAGAAACAUUCAGCAGCGUUUCACGGCUGUUUUAGAGGAAAAGUGCCUGAUGUUGUCUGAGCUGUUCAGUCAGUAAAGGUGGAAGUGAACCUUUAUUCUGAAAGGAACUCUGCUGCGCUGCAGGCGACAAUCCAGAACGUUUAUAUGCAAUAUCAGCAUUUCAAUGCAACAUGUGGAGAGAGCGGAGCCGUUGCAGAUGGGACUCAUCUAUGUGAAUCUGUGUCUUUAUGUGUUUGUUUUCCCAAUAUAUCAAUAAAGUAGUUUGGAAGUUUAAA